CGCACACGGUAACCCCUGGGAGAACAGCGUAUUGUUGGUGCAUUUAAGACCACACCACGAAGGGAUAAAAAAAUAUCUAUACUGAAACGCGCGUGAAUUUCACCGUAGACAACCCCCCUGAAUCCCCGUUAUUCGGGAGGAUCCGUCUCUAAAUGUGUACUAUCCCUUUAAGCUCCCGCGUCUGGCGCACUUGGUAUUAACGAAUCCACCAUUUUCCAAAACAGAAUAGCGGUAGCUAGUAGUAACGACGGCGGAGGCGUCAGCCAUCUCUCGCCGUCCCUGCACAGAGCCAGGACCCGGGGCCGCCAUGGCAGCGAAUAUGUACCGGGUCGGAGAUUAUGUUUUCUUUGAGAAUUCCUCCAGUAACCCUUUCUUGAUCAGGAGGAUAGAGGAACUGAACAAGACCGUGAAUGGCAAUGUGGAAGCCAAGGUGGUGUGUUUCUACAGACGGCGGGACAUCUCCAGCACGCUCAUUGCUCUGGCCGACAAGCAUGCCCGGGAGCUGGAGGAGGAGAUGGAGAACCCAGAGAUGGUCGAGCUGUCAGAGAAGCAGAAGCACCAGCUCAGGCACAGAGAGCUCUUCCUAUCCCGCCAGCUGGAAUCCUUACCUGCCACCCACAUCAGAGGGAAAUGCUGCGUUACUCUGCUGAAUGAGACUGAGGCCCUGGCGUCUUACCUGGACCGGGAGGACUGCUUUUUCUACUCGCUGGUGUACGACCCUCAGCAGAAGACACUCCUGGCAGACAAGGGCGAGAUCCGGGUCGGGAGCAAGUACCAGGCCGAUGUCGCCGACUCUCCAGGAGAGGGGGAGGAUGGUGAACGGGACCAGUCCAGGUUGGAGGAGAAGGUGUGGGAUCCCAGUAGCCCUCUGACGGAGAAGCAGAUUGACCAGUUCCUGGUGGUGGCUCGCUCGGUGGGGACCUUCGCCCGCGCCCUCGAUUGCAGCAGCUCGGUCCGCCAGCCCAGCCUCCACAUGAGUGCCGCCGCCGCUUCCCGUGACAUCACCCUGUUCCAUGCCAUGGACACGCUGCACAAGGCAGGCUACGACAUGUCCCGGGCCAUCGCCGCCCUAGUGCCCCACGGUGGCCCAGUACUGUGCCGCGACGAGAUGGAGGAGUGGAGUGCCUCCGAGGCUGGCCUGUUUGAGGAGGCCCUGGAGAAGUACGGCAAGGACUUCAGUGACAUCCAACAGGACUUUCUUCCCUGGAAGUCCCUGACCAGCAUCAUUGAGUAUUACUACAUGUGGAAGACAACGGACAGAUAUGUGCAGCAGAAACGGCUGAAGGCAGCUGAAGCGGAGAGCAAGCUAAAGCAGGUCUACAUCCCCAACUACAACAAGCCCAACCCAAACCAGCUGAGUCUUGACGUAGUGAAGCAAGGCUUGGUGAACGGGGCUGGAGCAACUCCGGGCUCGGCAGGCCAGGCGGCAGGAGCAGGCCGGGGCUGCGAAAGCUGCUACACGACAGCCUCGCACCAGUGGUACUCGUGGGGUCCACCUCUCAUGCAGUGUCGCUUGUGUGCCCCCUGCUGGACAUACUGGAAGAAGUAUGGUGGGCUGAAGAUGCCUACGCGGCUGGAUGGCGAGCGGCCAGGACCAAACCGCAGCAGCUCGGGUACCCACGGGCAGUCUGUGAGACAUGGUUCAAACCCCAGGUUCGCAGCUAAAACCAGGCAGGCGUUCUACCUGCACACGUCUCAGCUGACCCGGGCCACCAGGAGGGCCUGCCGGGACUUGCUACGGCCCAGACGCCUCGCCCGUUUCCCGCACGCACCUGUCAACAGCGCCGCCAUCAGGGCAGAGUGUGUGGUGCGACUGCCAGAUAUUGUCAAGACUCCGCUGCCAUCAAAGCCGAUCGUGCGGAAACCUUUAGAGGCUGUGGUCAAGUAUCUAGAGGCCCACCCGAGCCCCCCCAAAGCUGGCCCAACUCGCCGCAGCGCUGUCCCCACUGGCAGCCUGACACCAAUCAAGUCCACUCCCAUCCUCAGCCACGGCUCGCCCACCAUCCUGGGCAAGAGGGGCUACGAGCAGCACAACGGCCUGGAUGGUAAACCUAACCAUGGACAAACCAGACCGAUGGUGAGAGAACCUUCCUCAGUGGCGGAGCACUCUGCGGUAGGUCCAAAGCCCCGGCACCAUGUUGGGAGAUCCUGUCCAAGCGGCCGAAUGACCCAGGGUGGCUUCCUGCCCCCCAGAAAGAGGCAGUGCACAAACUGGACUGACCCGUGUGGAGAACUCUACUUCCUGGCGAAAGGAGGGACAAGACAAAUCAAGCGGCUUCUGUCAGCCAGACAGAUCCGGAGAGCCGCCCGGAGGCCCCACCAGCCAAUCACUGUCCUUCCCUGUCAGUCUGGCCCUUCGUUGCGUCGACCUGCCAUUGAUGAGCCAAUCGUCAUCGAAGACUGAAAUCCAUUGUAGCCAAUCACGACAAACCUGACUCUGGUGGAUUGUGUUUAUUAUGAUAUGUAUUGGUAUAAAUAUUGUUAUUGUAUUUUUUUUUGUACGAACGAUAACCGCUAUUGAUAUACAGCAAUGAGAUGUUUUGAAGCUUGUGAAAUUGUUUGCAUUCUGAACGAAUGGAGUGACGGGACUUUGUAACAUUGCCUCAUGGGUCUUUUUUAUGCAUUACGAGGAAAUAUAUAUCUAAAAAUUGGGAAAAGUCAUUUGUUUUCUUUUUUGUAAGUUCCUGGUUAUCAGUUUUGUGAACUAGUCCCAUCUUUGUCCCAAACAGUUUAAUUUAUUGAAGGAAAAAUGUGUGCCUUUCUAUCUUUUUCAUAACUUUUGCAUCAGCCCUUUAUGUUAUUGAAAAAAAUAAAUUGAUUAUUCUUUGUGAGAACAAGGAUGCACAAAAUUACAUCACUUUUAAAGGUAUGAUUCUUAACACCUAGACUGUUCUUUAAAUUUGAUUAAACCUGUUUUACAUUG